AUGGGGAAGAAAGCAAAGAAGCUCAAAACCCUUACCGGGAACGGCUCCCGCGAUAUCGCCGACCUUCUACAGCCGCGGCCUAGGCCCAAAAUGACGCCGCAAAUAGAUGCAUACUACACCUCCUCGGAGGAUGAAAUUCUGGACGCACCAGAUGAAAUCCCCUGCUCGAAAAGCAUAAUCAGCCCACAAGGAGGGGAAGAUCUGACAGCCCCAGCUACUAAAGGGGAUAUUAAGGCUCUAAUGUCGAAUAUAAGAGCCUUUUUCAAUGCAGACUUGAACGUAAUAUGA